AUGCAGUUCUUGUCUAUGCUUCUUCUUGCCGGCUCUGCCCUCGCGGCACCCCGACCUGCCCAGUCCUCUGCUCACCAACCUCGAGCUGACAGCAUUGAUGAUAUGCUGCCUCCCAUCGUGCCUAUCAACACACGAAGCGGAGACCGAGAUCUAAUUACCAAGAUCAUGACCGCCCCUACUCAGGCCGAGCGAGUCAAGCUCUUGAACCAGCCCGGCGAUUACGUCUUUGACUUUAAGGCUGUUUCCGCCACUGGAGCCGGAGAGUCUGUUGGCAAAGGUGGAAAAUCUGUUUCAGCUACGGCUCUUACCAUGCCUGCCCUCAUCGGUAACGGAGCUUCUAUGACAGUCGCCUUCCUCGGGCCAUGUGGAAUGAACACCGCCCACGUCCACAACAGAGCAACCGAGCUUAAUAUUGUUGUCAAGGGCCGCCUUGUUACCAACUUUGUCAUCGAGAAUGGCGCUAAGCCUAUCGCCAACACCAUGGACACCUUCCAGAUGUCUGUGUUUCCUCAGGGCGCGAUUCAUCAAGAAUUUAACCCUGAUUGCGAAGAUUCUGUCUUUGUCGCUGCGUUCGAUAAUGUCGACCCAGGCGUGACUCAGGUUGCCCAGAGCUUCUUUGCUCUCAAUGGUGACGUAGUUGAGGCAACCCUCGGCGGUGUCCCGACUUUCAACGGCGAGGAUAUUGAGACCUUCCGUGAUCACAUUCCUCAUAACAUCGCUCUUGGUAUCGAAGCUUGCUUGAACAAGUGCGGCAUUAAGAGGAACUCAAAGCGAGAUAUUAGCGAGCUCUUGAACUAA